AUGCCAUUCAACCCAUUCAAGUUACAUGUCAAAGAUAUCUAUCUGUUCGACUAUUUUCAAUCGACGGCCUCCGGUUCCUUGACCACCUUCGGUCAUGACCCCACAAGCAUGGGAAGCCUUCUAAUUCGAAUGGCCUUGACAAACAGCAGCCCUUCCUCCACUGCAGUGCUCCACUCCUUACUUGCACUAUCAUCACUACAUCUCUAUGGCUUGCAGAGCCAGGCUGGUGAGCUCAAACUGUCUGCACUCAGAGCGCUCGCCGCUGCAUCGAGGACUAGUAUUGGUCCCGUGGAGGCAGCCCAGCAUAUUGCUGCAGGAAUGCUUCUAUGCUCGUUCGAGCUACACCGAGCAUCAUGCACUUCAGGCCAGUGGAGAUGUUAUGUCGGCGGCGCUAAAAAGAUCCUCAAUGUAUUCCCUUCGGGUGUAUCAGACCGAGAUGGUGACUUCAGUAUCUUGCUGGACUGGGUAUACUAUCAUGAUGUUCUGUCGCGUUUCAGCGAGCUGCAUUGGCGCUCUGAAAAGGAUAUAGCCAUUGCACCUGCUUGCUCGUCGAAGUAUCCUUGGAACGCAGCUAUACCGUCCACGGUCUUCAAUUUCGAUACAACAGUUCAGCUGCUGUCAAACCUCUGCGACGCCGUGGCUGCUAGACCACCACCGACGGCCCCGGCCGAACAACUGGGCCACUAUAUUGCAAAUGUUCAAAUUCUAGCAUGCAGGAUCAAAAACAUCCCCAUGUCAAUGCCCGGAGACGAAUCCAUCAUUAGCCCGAAAUGUGCGACAAUGACCGAAUUGUUCCAACUAUCUAUGCUCGUGUAUCUCAACAGAGCAACCGGAUGUCUUCUUGAGCCAUCACACAUGACAGAGCACCGCAUCCAUCAGGGUCUUGCCAGCCUCUCCCAGCUUGAUACCUGCGAACGCCAGUUUCCUUUACUCGUGCUUGGCUGCGAAGCGCGUACCGAUGAAGAACGGAUCAGAAUACUCGACCUCAUUGAUAGGACUGAGGGAUCAACGUCAUCAAGGUCUCUUUUCCUGGUCAAGACAUUGAUCAAGUCCAUCUGGGUCCAGGAUGACCUUGCGGGCGGGCAAUUGGAUUAUAUGGAGAAGCUAAGUUCAUUGAUUAGUUGCUGCAAUAUAAUGCCCACCUUUGUGUAG